GCGGAGCGUUGGUUGGCUGUAUGGGAGGCAUCCAACGACGAAGUCUUCAAGUUAAAGGCCGCCAAAAUUCGCGCCAACCUAGAGACACACUGCUAUUACGGAGGCGUACAGCGGGGGGACGGAGGAAGCCCUGUUAUCAGUCCGCCUGUCAUUCUUGGUCCGCAUCUCUACAAGCUGGACAACCGGAGGCGUAGUAUCGACCAAAGGGCUCGCAUCAUCCUGCGCCAGCUGCUCGUCGCUGGUGUGGGCCACCGUCCAAUCAUCUGGAUCAGCCACUCAGCUGGAGGCAUAUUAAAUAAGGAAAUCUUGCGAAUAUCUGUCACACACUUUGCCGACUGGACAAAGAAUACGGACCCCAUUGUACCCCUGGAGCUUCAGGAAGAAAUCUCCAUUCCGUUCAACUCAUUUGCUUUCGGUGACGAUUGCAGUCCAGACAACCAAUCAGAGUCCCCUAACAAGCUUGUUUUCAUCUUACCUGAUGUCAAGGACGUAGCGAAGAAUACCAGCUUGAUCAUUUUCCUCAGUGUUCCUCAUCGAGGUGGAAUGGACCUGAAUCAUUAUUACCUGUACCCGAUGACAACCCAGCUGACACCAGAGGCCCUUGACCUCCAGAAAGUGAUCAACUCAAAAGUGCGAAUAUACCAAACUGUUCUCGGAUGUAUUGUUGGUCGUUUGAAAACCUUCAUUCCUUUUAUCUGUAUGAAACUUGUUUGUCUUGAUGGAAGUUUACAACGCUUUUUCUACAUGCUUUCACCUACACCAGACAAUCCAGCAAUCCUGAGCCUGCAGGCUUGGUUCAAGAUAUGGGCCUUUCAACGGCCGAUCCGCAUAAUUAACAUGGUCGAGACGAAGAAACUCAAAUUUUCUUCACUUCUGCCAGGAAUGCUCAUAGUGCCCUACGACCCACGAGACGAAGAAUACUCCGAAGUUGUCCAACUUGACGCUGACCACCACACCAUCUGCAAACCUGAGACGAAAACAGAUGAAAUCUACCGACGUAUAGUCGCCCUUAUCAGGGACCAAGUGGACUUUCAUUAA